UUUUGAAUCAAAAUGCUCCCCGCCCCAACAACACAUUUUGGAUCUACAGCCCUGCAAACAUAAUAGGCUACUUAAAUGGUCGCAUUAAAUUGAUUGUGAUAAUUUAUGUAAGAAUUGUCUGAAGAGCGAUUACACAAAAACUCUCAAAAAGCGUCCAAUUCACACCUUGCGGUCGCGAUUCACAGAUUCGAGACACUCCCACAACAAUUCACUAAUAAAUACAAUGAUAAGUACGUACCACCAUUCUUCAUCAGAACAAAUCGGCAGAGGCAACUGUACGUGCUACAAGAAUGGAAAGUGUGUGCACGAGUGAUUCCAGACCACGAAGAGGGAAAAAUAAAAAUACCGAAGAACAAGACCUGGUUGAAACUCAAGAAGAACUGAACAAAGUGGAGAAGAAUCAUUUGAUAUCAAAACAAAAAUCUUUCAGGUGCUCACAGACUGAAGCCAAAAAAUUGUUCCCCUGCCCUCAGUGUGGAAAGAGCUUCACACAAAAAGGAAACCUUAAGAUUCACAUAAGGAUUCACUCUGGAGAGAAGCCUUUCGAAUGUCAUCUGUGUGGCAAGAGUUUCACGGAUCCAAGGAAUCUCAGAGAUCACAAUCUCUCUCACUCUGGAGUAAGAGCGUUCGACUGUGAUCAGUGCGGAAAAAAAUUUAUGUUCGCAGCACACCUGAAAAGACACCUGAGAAUCCAUACAAAUGAAAAGCCUUACUUGUGCUCCAUUUGUGGACAGAGUUAUUCACGCAUGGACCAUUUUAAAGAGCACCAGAAAUUGCAUGCCAAUGUGAGAGCUCAUGUGUGCUUUGAAUGUGGCAGUGCCUUUAAUUUAGCCAGUCACUUGAAAGACCACCAAAAACUUCACACUGGAGAGAAACCUUACAAGUGCUCACACUGUGGAAAGAGUUUCUCACAGUCAGGAUCUUUGAAAAAACAUGAGAGAAUUCAUACAGGAGUGAAGCCAUACAUCUGCCCUUCAUGUGGGAGGGCCUUCCGCCAGUCAAGUGCUCUACUGAAUCAUAUAAAAAAGCAUUGCCCCAAGUUGUCACAGUGAGAAAAUUAUGCAAAAUACAACUUAAAGAGAGAAAUUUUCAUCCAAGAGGGUUAUUUUUGACAAAAAAAUUUUGUUUGAGGGGGGGGUCAAAGUAUUCAUUCAAAUAUUGGUGCGAAAGACCAUAAUUUUCUAGGAAUUAUAAGAUUUUUUAUUUUUUUUUGCCAGUCUUAAGUGCUAAUUAAUGAUGCAUUGUCACUGUCUGUAUACAUAUAUUUCACUCUUAAAUAAAUAAAAACAAAUACUGAAUACUGACUUUAA